AUGUUUCAUUCUCUCAUCCCAUUUUUAACAUUUCUACCCGCUGCAAUCGCGACAAUUGCUCCUUCAGGGCCGUAUCAGCGACCACUAAAACUUACCAACAACCAACAUCAAAAUUUCAUCGCCUCAUCUAUUUUUGCCCCUUACAAAAAUGGGAUCUUAGGAUUAGAGGAACCGGUUGCAUUAAGACCAACAUUUGAAUGGCGGACUUUUGAGGAAGAGGAUGUAAUAUCCAACUCAGGUGGAACAUUUGCCCAUCUACCUGCCGUGGACUGUUUUGAUCCCGAGAAUGAUGGAACAUUCGAUGUGGCAAUUGUAGGCCACCCAUUUGAUCUAGGAGUCACAUAUAGACCCGGUGCAAGAUUUGGUCCGAAUGCUGCACGGCAAGGGGCCAAAAGGAUGUCUCCGGGUUUUGGGUGGAGUAUUGAAAAUAAUGUGAAUCCUUUCCGCGACUGGGCCACUGUGGUCGAUUGUGGAGACAUUUCGAAUACGCCAUUUGAUAAGCAUUUGGCUUUGAAACAACUCGAGAAUGGCAUGAAAUCAAUCAACUCGCGAAGUCCAAAGAAUGAUACCGAUGGCAAGGCUAUACGGGCCAUUAGCAUAGGCGGUGAUCAUACCAUUACAUUACCUAUUCUCCGAGCUCUCCACUCAACAUGGGGACGUGUUGCUGUUUUACACUUUGACUCCCAUCUUGAUACAUGGGAUCCGGUACAGCUCGGUGGUGGACUAUCAAAAUACACCGAUGUCAACCAUGGAACCAUGUUACACAUUGCUCAUGAGGAAGGACUUUUGUCAAAUCAUAGCAAUAUGCAUCUAGGAACACGAUGUCCGCUUCAAGAUCAACAUUUUGAUUUGAACAACGAUCUAAGAUGCGGGUUUACAUAUAUUCGAGCAAGAGAAAUUGAUAAGCUUGGCAUCAAAGAGGUGGUUCGAAAGAUUGUUGAACGCGUUGGUGAUGAGUAUGUGUAUUUGAGUGUAGAUAUUGAUGUAUUGGACCCAGCCUAUGCACCUGCAACUGGAACAAUCGAACCUGGUGGAUGGACAACAAGAGAGCUGUUGCAAAUCAUCGGUGGGCUAUCAGAAGCAGGCUUGAAGAUUGUGGGAUCAGAUGUCGUGGAAUUCACUCCAAUCUAUGACAAUUCAGCUGAGACUACUGGCAUUGCUGUUGGAGAGAUCAUUUAUGAGAUCCUUCAAUGGAUGGUAAAUGUCCCGGUAACACCUAGAAAGUCGGCAUAG